UUCCUUCUAGACGCUUCUUAGCUUCCACGAGAUGAGAAAAUGGGGCUAAUUGGGUACAUGAUAUCGUUAUCUAGGUGUGGUGUUGGGUUACGUUUGCAGUGCAGUCGAAGACAAGGAAAUGGAUUUCUGAGGUCAGACAUGACAUCACACCCAAUAUUUUCUCGGUCAAGACUGGUCUUUAAAUGGGAACAACAAAGCAUUCAAACUAGCAGUCCAAGCCCAAGGCGGCGGACCCAGUCAACAUUUCCCCUCUUUAAAAGUACAGGUUUAUUCUGCCCUUCUCAUCUCUUCCAAUCUCUCUGCCUCCCAUUUCUAUUAACUAUGUCUCGAAAAUCUGCAAAUAACAUUGUCAAUAAUGUCGGUGUGGCUGUGCAGACAGACUGGAACAACAGACAAGCCAACAAUUCCUUCAAUUUGAAUGUCAGAAGGAUGUUUGAAUUUGUCAGCCAAUAUGAUACUGUUGCCAAGACUAAGCUGACAACCUUGAAUGACAAGCUGAGCAGUCUUGAAAGACAGAUGGAGGUCCUUGAAGCCCAAAUGACCACAGUCAUGACUACUUCUAGUCAGUUUUAGCACUUGUGGAUUAGUCCUCAUGAAUUGUUCAGAAAGCCCUCUUUUGGUAUACAGGUCUGGCGAAAUUUUUGAAGAUUGGAUGACUGUGAUUAUACAUGGGUUGUACAUGGUUGAAUAGAGGAAUCGACAGGAUAGAUAAAUAGAGCUGGGAGCUCUUGGUUUAUACUGUACUUCUCUAUUAUUGUAUCGAUCACCUGUUCUAUAUAUAUAUGGAGCUAUAUUUUUCCUUUA